AUGUCGUCCAAGUCUGGUUCAAAGCAACGAAUUUUGGGCACUGCUGAAAAUGCGCUCAUUGAAACCUCACGACAACAUCAAGGACAUAUGAAAGUCGGUGAAGUUUUACACUUACAAGGACCUUAUAUCUCCUUAGAUAUGCUCAUAGCAGCAAUUAAUCGCUUGCAGAGACGUCAUCCAUUUCUUCGAAGCCGCUUGGAGAACAAUUCUACAAAACCGGGUACUUAUCUACUGGCAGAGGACGAUACAUUCAAUCCGAAAAUCCUCACAUUUGCACGAAAACAUGAAGAUCGCUUGAAUUUCAGCCUUCAAGAAUGGCAAAAUCGAGAAAAAGAACCGGCCGUGAUUGGUCAAGGUUUAGUUGAAUUUUGGCUCUUACAGGAUCCAGAAGAUCAUGACAAUGAAAAUACUUUUACCGAAAUAGUGAUUAUCGGUGAGCAUAGUAUCUGUGAUGGUAUCUCUCUCAGCACUUUAGCACAUGAAUUGCUUCUGUCAUUAAGCCAAGGUGAUACGGAUAUGUUCGCUAACUCGCUAGCUUGUCCAAUUACAAUGGAAGAUGCUGUUCGGCGAAGUUUGUCAGCGUGGAAUCGAAUUGCUACGUUCAGUAAAUUUCUACUUGCUAUGAUACGUUGGAGUGUAGCUAACAAUCGACGUGUCGCUAGACUUCCGUUGGGCACUGUGGAUUUUCCAUUAGAUGACAUGGCAAAGAACUCUUUUACAGGCCUUUUUUACGGACGACUGGAUAAAGAACAAACGCAAACGUUAAUGGAAAAGUGUCGACGAGAAAAUGUGACCGUGACGUCAGCGGUUAGCAGCGCUAUCCUGUGCAGUACUUCUAUGUUACUCCCCAAUGAAGAUGCUCAGCUAACACAACUAGUCAUGGCAAUUGCAGCAGACACUCGCCGAAGAUGCAUACCAUCGGUGUCCAAUAAUGAUCUAAGCUACCAAGUAUCAGGAACUAUGGCUUUUGCAUUGCCAACAAACAACACGCCAGUCACAUCAGAAGGUAUGUGGCAAUUGGCACGAGUGUUUGGUAAUCAUGUGAAAACGUCUGUUGAUGCAGGACAGACUCUUGCUCUUGCGAUGAUUAUGGGAAAGCUAUAUCAGAAAAAUCUCGGCUCAGUUACUCUCAGACGGGCGCCAACGUGCGGAAUAUCAAAUUGGGGACUGUUACCCUUUCAUGAGCAAUACGGCAAAUGGCAACUGCAUGAAAUGAUCCCCAUCGGUAACAUGGUUCGAAUGCCAAUGCCAUUCUUUUUAGUUCAAACUGUCAAUGGAAAAUUAACCAUUUGCUGCAACGGAUCGGUUCCCGUCGUUCCUUUGAAUACUUUGGAGAGUCUGUGCAAUGGUACAAUAGAUAAUCUACGUCAAAUGAUAGAACAUUGA